UGAUUUUUUUGUUUAUUUUUGUUACAUAACCUGUUUUAUACUUGUACCGUUAAAUACCAAAUUUAAAUAAGUUUUACCGUUAACUACGACAUAUACUUAAAGCCUGUACUUAGUAAUUAACAUGCAUUCCUCUAAAGCAGCCCUUAUUUCGAUGUUUAUUAUUUUCGUUGCAUCCAGUGAAAAUUGCAGCAACGAAGACAGCUUAGAGCUUCACUUAUCAACAAAGACACCUUACCGUUUAGUUGCAAACAAAGAAGACAAAGAACUGAAACAGGAAGCAAUAAAGGACUGCAUACCGCAUAAACUAUGGAUGGUAGUACGACAUGGUACGAGAAACCCCAGCGCGGCUUUCAUCGAGAAAAUGACUGACAGACUGCCGGAGAUACGAGACUUAAUUUUACAGAACAACCCAGAACCGACCCAGUAUUUACGCCACUCUGACCUGUACGCCUUUCAAAAGUGGAAGGCAAGGUUACGGACAUCGGACGAAAAGAAGCUUACGCACGAGGGUGAGGACGAAAUGUUAGAGCUAGCCGAAAGGAUGCAGGCACGCUUUCCGAAUAUCCUACGGUCCGUCUACAGUAAUACCUCAUAUUAUUUUAGGUAUACGGCAACUCAUCGAACGAAGGCAAGCGCGACGUUUUUCGCUGCCGGCUUGUUUGGGAGGCAUGUCGUUAAGGACGUCUGGUUCCCGAAACCAAUAAAAAAUGAUCCUAUUUUACGGUUUUACAAAUUAUGCCCGCGCUGGCAGCGGGAAGUGAAAAAUAAUCCGGCUACGCUGUCCGAAAGGAAGAAAUUCGAAGAAAGCGAACACAUGCUGAAUAUCAUCAGAUCUGUGAAUAGGAUGUUGAAUUUGGAGGACGAGCUGGACUUAGAUGACAUUUACCUAAUGUACUUAACAUGCGCCUUCGAAACUGCAUGGAAUAAGAAGAACAAGUCGCCGUGGUGCUCGGUAUUCUCUACCGAAACAGUAGGUGGCCUCGAAUUUGCUGAAGAUUUGAAAUACUACUAUCGCGAUGGGUACGGUUAUGAAGUGAGCUACAAGCAGGCUUGUAGAAUGUUAGGCGAUGUUAUGUCACACUUUGAAAACAAGUCGGAGUAUCCCAAAGCGACUGUUUACUUUACACAUUCGGGCACGCUAUUAAAACUUCUGGCCCAUUUGGGAUUGUACAAGGACGAAGAACGUUUAAAACACACUCACUAUAGUAACAACUCUCAUCAAUGGAGAGUUAGCAAGAUAGAUGCGUUUGGAUCCAAUCUAGCUUUUGUUUUAUACAAAUGCCCAUCGAAAUAUAAAUUAGCUGUUUUCCAUCAAGAAACACUUAUGAGAUUGCCUAAUGGUGAAGAGUUCACAGAUUUUAACAAAUUUAAAAAACUUUACAAAAGUAGUUCAAACGAAUGUGCCUUUGAGGAAAUGUGCAGCAUUGCCUAAUUCACUGCGAUAAUAUAAUUUUGUAAUUUUAUUUAUUAACUAAAUAUAUGUUUACAUCUUUUUCUAUCUCCAA